GACUGAAUUUGCUGACUGUACUGUAUUAUGUAUUGCACAUCGGCUACGUACUGUUAUAGAUUAUGAUAGGAUAUUAGUUAUUGAUCAAGGAAAUAUAAUAGAAUUUGACAGUCCAUACAAUCUAAUUACUGAUAGUAAUUCCUUAUUUUAUCGAAUGUGUCAAAAUUCUGGCGAAUUUGAUUUGCUAAUGUCGUUGACUUCAAAGCAGAAUAAG